GGCACGGCACGGCACGGCACGGCACGGCCAAGGGCAGCCCGCAGCCUCUCCAGCAUGGCCCCCAGCCCCGCGGGGGACAGGCACUCCCGGGGGGAGUCCCGCUCCUGAGAGCCACCCCAGCCCAGGACCGCAGAUCUGGCCCGGAGAACAUGGCCACUUCAGUGAGGACGUUCCCAGUUGCCCUGUGGACACCGACGCUGGAUCCCUGGCCAGGAGGAAACACCACCGCCGUGGCAGAGACAAAGUGCGUCUUCAAUGAGGAGUUCAAGUUCAUCCUGCUGCCCGUCUCCUACAGCAUUGUCUUUGUGGUGGGCCUGGCCCUCAACUCCUGGGCCCUGUGGAUGUUCAUCUUCAGAAUGAGGCCCUGGAACGCCACCACCACCUACAUGUUCAACCUGGCCGUCUCCGACACACUCUAUGUCCUCUCCCUCCCCACCCUGGUCUACUAUUACGCUGACCGCAAUAACUGGCCCUUCGGGAAAUGGCUCUGCAAGAUCGUGCGCUUCCUCUUCUACGCUAACCUCUACAGCAGCAUCCUCUUCCUGACGUGUAUCAGCAUCCACCGCUACAUGGGCAUCUGCCACCCCAUCCGCUCCCUGAAGUGGGUGAAGACCAAGCAUGCCCGCAUCAUUUGCGUGGGUGCCUGGCUUGUUGUCACCAUCUGCCUCAUCCCCAACCUCAUCUUUGUCACCACCAGCUCCAAGGGCAACAGCACCCUGUGCCACGACACCACCAAGCCGGAGGAGUUCGACCAUUAUGUGCACUACAGCUCCUCUGUCAUGGCCCUCCUCUUUGGGGUCCCCUUCCUGGUGAUUGUCCUUUGCUACUGUCUGAUGGCCAAGAGACUCUGCAAGUCCAGCUUCUCCAGCCCCAGCCCCCGAAUGCCCUCCUACAAGAAGCGCUCCAUCAAGAUGAUCAUCAUUGUGCUCAGUGUCUUUGCCAUCUGCUUCGUGCCCUUCCACAUCACUCGGACCAUCUACUACACCUCCCGCUACUUCCAAGCCAACUGCCUGACCCUCAACAUCAUCAACUUCACCUACAAGAUCACUCGGCCCCUGGCCAGCAUCAACAGCUGCCUCGACCCCAUCUUGUACUUCAUGGUUGGGGACAAGUACCGGGGGCGGCUGCGCCGGGGGCCAGCCCAGCGCCUACGGCCCAUGCCCAUGUGCAACCUGGCCCUGGUAUCCCCCUCCAUAGACAACAUCGCAGGUGGCAGCCACACUGACAGUGACACCCAAGGGGCAGGGACAGCACAGGGCAGAGGUGGGUGCUGAGGGGCCAAAGGGGGUUCCAGUAACCUCAUCCCUGGUCUCCAGGAGUUGCAGCCUCUCCAGGCUCCACGUGGGCACCCUGGCACCCCCAGAUCCCCAACCCUGACCUGCCCUUGCCCAGCCUCUGCAGGGGCAGAAACCGCAGGGCUAAGGGCCAGUGGCCAUGGGGCUUGUCCCAGCCCUGCCCCGGGAUGCCAUGGGAAGAGGGUGCUGGUGACACUCAGGGCAGGACAGCCACUGUGCACCUGUGGGAGUGGGAAGGAUGCUGAGAAAGCCCUUUUGGGGAGGCAGGCUGAUGUCCCAUCCCGAGGCACUCCUAGGGACAUGUGGGAGCUGGCAGGUCACUAAAGAGAAGGGACACUGGUUGCUCCCUGGGCAUGCACAGCCCUUUCAGUCUGCUCAACAGUGACGUCCGGGGACCAGACUGAACCUGGGGACAGAGCCGGCGCUGGGUCCCUCAUGUGUCUGGCAAAUAAUAAGAGGAGAUACCCCUGUCACACCGCUGGCCAUGGGAGAGGUGGGGAGGGACAUGGAACAGGGAACUCACUGCC